AUGAGCUCAACGCACGUCCCGGCGUGGAAGAGACUUGGUCUAAAGCUCAAGAACGCCAAGGAAACAGCAACACCGGCUAGCAUCCAAAAUACACAUCAGCCACCCUCAAAGAAGCGACGCAUCGACCGCAGAAAUAGCACUGCAGAAACGCCAGUUCACAUUAAGGCGAAUGGAUCCUCUGAAUCACCCAUCAACGGUCACGAACCCGUAAGGGACCCGAAGCCCAAGAAACAGGUCUCUUUCACCUCCGACACAAAAGCCACAGACGGCGACACCGCAGUGUCCAUCACUCCAUCCGAAGCAAUCGCAUCCGAUGGCAAUGACAAGUCAGUAAGCAAGAAGCCGAAGAAAGCCAAAAAGCAAGCCACCGCCCCGUCUCCAGGGAAGUCCCAGGACGUACUGAACUACCUUACUGAGUACUACCGCUCAAACGACACCUGGAAGUUCAACAAGAAUCGGGAGACUUGGAUUCUAAAGCAUCUCUUCGACACGGCGGCGAUUCAAACGACAUACAAUCUGCCGCUUGCGCAGUAUUUAUACGGGAUCAAAUCGCAGAAUGCGAGGGAUAGGUUACGGAUGCGGUGUAUCGCGGAGGGAGCCAAGCUCGGAGAUGAGGACAACGAGCGAAACGGUGAGUCUGACGUAAGGACUGUACCCGGCGCAAAGGCGGCUGUGGAGAUCUUCGUCAACGACACAGAAGUUGUUUUGGAAGGGUCGGAGCUGGACAAGCUGUUCCAGCGGACACCUAGGACGGCAUUGGUGCUGUGGGCUUUGGAUCCUGCUGCUGGUGCUACGAAUGCGGGACUAUCCACCGCGGACAAGAGCAAGACAGGAAUAGCAGGUAGUGGUGAUGCAGCCAGAAAGAAGAGAAAAAAUCGAACCGCAGUGGUGGAAUACUCCUCCAGCAGCAGUUCGGAAUCAAGCGAGAGCGAGAGCGAGUCGAGCAGCGAUUCGUCGAGUGAAAGCUCGGACUCGGAGUCAUGA